CAAUUAGUUUUGAUUUUUUUAAGGUUUGUGAGAUCUAUUAUCAUUCUGAUAUGAAAAUGAAAAUGGGUUGUUUUUUCGUUCCUUCAGUAAAGCUGUAGAAUUGAUAGAUUCGGAUGUAAGUUUGAGUUUCCCCCUUUAUUUUCUGUACUUAGUAGUUUUUAAAUGCCAGUGUCAGAGUUUUGCUAAAAAAAUCAUUUAUUGAGAGUAUUUUUUUUGGUAGUUUAUACUGCAAGUGUUUGCUCCAGUUCUUGGGCUCUACUAAAAGCCCUUCUUCUUCUGAAAUCAUUAUUCCACUGUUUUUCCUGCAUCUGGUAUAUUCCCUUUUAUCCAAAUCUGCAGAGAUUGGUGGUACAAAGAUAAGGUUUUUAAGGCAAUUUAGGAGUUCCCUUUGUGUGAGAUCAUCAAUCUAGAACCAGUGGUUCUUUUAUGACUUGUAAUUGAUUUAGCAUUAAAUUUUGGGCUGUUACUCCUUUAACAGUAAAGGAGCAAGGAUUGGGAUUUUAGAUCAGGGAUUUCCCUUAAAUGCGAGCAUGGGAGAUCUGAUGGGUCUUGAGGGGAUGGUUUUAGGUUAUUUUUUAGCUAAAGUUUCUUUCUAGGAUUGUGCUUUUAUGACUAUUUCUUUGGAACCAGCCUAUUUCUAGCAAUCCCAUUAAUGCUUCUUGUGUGGGAUGGAAAGGUUUGAUUUUGUUUGAAGGUGUUUGGGGAGUUGGAUGGUAGAUGUGGCUUUCAGUAGGGAUUCACAUGAUAUAGUUUAUGGAGUCACAAGAAAAGUGUUGGGGGCAGAUCAAAUUCCCAACUGUUCAACAAUGACUAUUCGAGAUUAGUUUUAUUUAUUUGCUGGCCGCGUAAAGUAAGAGGAAGAACAACAAGAAGAAGAGAAUAGGUUUUCCCUUUGUUGUGCCUAGUGAUUCUUUGAGUUUCUGAGAUGGGUCAUUCAGUGACUGUUUGGGAUCAGAGAUCGGAAUUUGAAGUUACUAAAGACUGGAAUGGCAUUGAUCAAGUUGUUUUGAGAGUGCCAAGAGGUGCUUCUGCAAGGGUUAGCUUGUUCGGCGGCCAAGUUAUUUCAUGGAGGAAUGAGAGGGGUGAAGAACAACUGUUCACUAGCAGUAAGGCUAUCUUCAAGCCACCAAAGGCAAUGCGAGGAGGAAUUCAAAUCUGCUUUCCACAGUUUGGGAACUGUGGAUCACUGGAGCAACAUGGCUUUGCAAGGAAUAGGAUGUGGAGCAUUGAUAAUGAUCCUCCACCUCUUCACCAGCACAAUGACAACGACAAAGUUUUUGUGGACCUGUUGCUUAAACCCUCGGAGGAUGAUAUGAAGUGCUGGCCACACCAUUUCGAGUUUCGCCUUAGAGUGUCUCUUACUAUGACCGGAGAUCUCACACUGACAUCACGUAUUAGGAACAUCAAUGGAAAGCCAUUUGGCUUCUCAUUUGCUUACCACUCAUACUUCUCUGUUUCUGAUAUCAGUGAAGUGAGGAUUGAGGGACUAGAGACAUUGGAUUAUCUGGACAAUCUUUGCGAACGAGAACGUUUUACCGAGCAAGGAGAUGCCAUUACAUUUGAGAAUGAGGUAGAUCGAGUUUAUCUUAGUUCUCCAAAUGUUGUUGCGGUUCUUGACCAUGAAAAGAAACGCACAUUUGUUAUAAGAAAGGAAGGUCUCCCUGAUGUUGUUGUCUGGAAUCCAUGGGAGAAGAAGUCCAAAUCCAUGGUUGAUUUGGGUGAUGAGGAGUACAAACAAAUGCUGUGUGUUGACGCCGCGUCUAUCGAAAGAUCGAUCAACUUGAAACCAGGUGAAGAAUGGAAAGGGCAAAUGGAGAUCUGUUCUGUUCCUUCCACUUAUUGCAGUGACAACCUUGGAGGCAUAUGAGAAGGUAGUCUUCUUGCUUCUUGAUAACUAAUGAGCCCUCAUGCUUAUUUUUAUAUUGCAGCGUGGAGGGAAUCAUAUUAUUUGUAUUUUGAUUGUAUUGUUUAAAGCACUGAAGUCCUUGAUCAUGAAUUUCUCUGAACAGUUUGUGAUCGGAUGAAAACAUUUAGAUGUGUGUAUAUUUGCUAAUAUUAUGGGAGUUUGACAUAGUUAUUUGUUGAUUCUGCAUUUAAA